UGGCAAUCUGUUCGCAUUUCUGCUCUUGGCAAAGGAAGUCCGGCAAAUGUGUCCUCGAAUUCUCCCUCUCCCCGGGAGCUGCUUUAUCUGCGGAGUUUGAGCGAUUUGGCGUCUCUUCUCCGUAGGGAUCGCCCGUUCUCUUGAGCGCAGCCUCAAAGACUCGUGCGCAUUGACGGCACGGCGUGAUGAAGCCUGUGGCGACCUAAUUAGUUUGGCGCUACCUUUUUCCUCUCCACGCGCCCUUCAGUAAGCGGCGGGACUGAAUGCCAUUGCCGAAAGCUUUUGCAACGGGCCCGGGACGCAUCGCUUUGUUGGAUAUAUAUCCCGCGAAAGCGGCAACCUCCAGCAAGUCAGUGGGAUUUACUGACUAAACAAGGUGUGCUUAGGAUCGGAGCUGCAGUCCAUAGUAGUCUCCAAGAUCAUAGCGGGACAUAAGUGAGAGUGCUUUUCAGGGGAAUUGCACGUGGGCUGCCUGCUACUUUUCCAAAGGAGGAAGCGUCGAUUCUAAUCCACUAUGGAGGAUGGCACAAAGGCACCGGAAGAUGGCUUUUAUUCCGAAUAGUGAGCGCGCUGGAGGAGAAGGCGGGAGCCGCGCGGCGCGAGCCAUGGCUGAAGGGCAGCAGGCUACCCGCGGCGGAGACCUCUGGGAAAUCGACGUGGAGAGCUUGGAGGAGGCGGACGAAGUCGAGGAGCAGCCUCCGCCGCCGCCUGGACUCAGGCGGGAGGCUGACGACGUCGAUGAGGAAGACGAGGAGGAGGAAGAGGAUGGGGAGGAAGGCGACGACAGGGGAGAGGAGGAGGCGGAGGCGGAGGAGGACGGGGCAGGCGGCGGGGUUCUGACACCACUUCCGCCGCCUCCGCCGCAGCUGGUCGCUGAGCCGGCGGCGGCGAGAGCCGUGCCCGUCGGGGAGCAGCAGACCCGCAAGCUGAGCCGCACGCCCAAGUGCGCGCGCUGCCGCAACCACGGCGUGGUGUCCUGCCUCAAAGGGCACAAGCGCUUCUGCCGCUGGCGGGACUGCCAGUGCGCCAACUGCCUGUUGGUGGUGGAGAGACAGCGCGUCAUGGCGGCCCAGGUAGCACUCCGCAGGCAGCAGGCGACCGAGGAUAAGAAGGGGCUUACUGGGAAACAGGCUAACUUUGAGCGCAAGACAGUGUACCAAAGGCAUGUCCGGGCACCCAGUUUGCUUGCAAAAAGCAUUUUAGAAGGUUACCGUCCUAUUCCAGCAGAUCCCUACAUUGGAGGUAAUUCCUCAUUGCCACCUCCUGUGAGUGACAGGAUGAGAAAAAGGCGGGCUUUUGCUGAUAAAGAACUGGAGAAUAUCAUGCUUGAGAGGGAAUACAAAGAAAGAGAAAUUAUGGAAGCCACUCAGGCCACUGCUUUUUUCCUGCCCAACCGCAUGGUGCAUGGGACUGAAUAUAACACUUACAAAACUGCCUUUAGCCCUAAUCAGGUUGAAGCUCCCAGUAAAGAGCUUUGCGGCUUCCUGCCAACUUGCCUGGAUCUAACUAUGCAAUAUUCAGGUUCAGGGAACAUGGAACUGAUCUCAUCAAAUGUGAGUGUAGCCACUACAUACAGGCAGUAUCCUUUACCCUCUAGGUUUCUGGUGUGGCCAAAGUGUGGCCCCCUCAAUGAUGCCCUUCUCUACCAGCAGUGUCUCUUAAAUGCUACUGCAGUCCAGUCCCUCAAACCUGGGGCAAUCUGGGAUCCUAAGGCUCCACAAGGUCAGGAUUGUCUGAACUCGGAACAAGACAUAUUACCAUCAAAGAAUGAACACUCAUUCCUGCUUCCUUAUGUUCAAGAAAUUCAGCCACCUCAGAAUGAAUUCCAACAUAUCCCUCAGGAGACUCGUGAGAGGUCAGCCUUCUCACCCCCUAAGAGGACUUUCUCACAGAUCUCUGAUAAGGAUACUCUGGUUCCUCAAGAACAUUCCCUCUGUAAGAUCAGCAAAGAAAGCACCAAACAGCAUAUGUCACCACCUCUCAAGUAUAGUCCAUUCCAUUCAUUAUUCCAACAGACACUACACAACAAAUCAGGGCCUGAAUUAAAAACAACAUUUGAUGAGCCAUCCAAGAAGUACAGAGAAUGUACCAUCAAAGAAAACCAAAAAUACAAACUUGCCAUUGACAAAUAUGCAAAAGACUUCUUAGGGACUAAACAAGUCAUUAAAAAAUUGUCAACAAAUGAAUCUCUGUCAUUUUCUGUUGAAUCAAUUCUUAAACGACCAUCUUCAAUGGUCACCAAUGUGUCUCAGUAGAUAGAUAGAAUCCAAAUGAUUCAUGCUAGUGUAUUUGCAUUUAAGGUUGCAAUCUUAACCAUACUUAUCAGGAAGUAAGUACAUUUUUAAGUCACCUGAACUUAUUUCUGAAUAAACAAGUUUGAGACUGGGUGCAAGAUACUUUAUGCCAGAGCUUGGAAAAGUUGCGCAUAUUGGAAGAAGUUCCCCUGAUUCUGCAAGCAUUUAUUUCUAGGCAAAGAAGUUCAGGUUUAUAAUUUUUGUUCCACAAGGGCUGGUCUAUUUUAAGUGCAGGUGUCCUUUCUUAAACAGUUUGUGGAUUAGUUGUUCUCACAGUUGUUGAUGUAAAGAUUAUUGCCAUGCCUUCUGCAAUCUCUUGCCAUAUCUCACCAAAAUUUUGUAUAAAAGAAUUUGAG